AUGCGACUGGAGUCGGCAACAAGGCUGAUGGCGAAGUGUGCAGAUGCUUCGGUUCCCAAGGAUGGGCAGAUCUCGACCACUGCGGUCCCCAAGGCUCUUGGUCCCCCGAGUUCAGGAGCCGCUGGCACCCCGCCACCGAAAGCAUCGAGUGCCCAGCCCAUCACGGUGCAGAAGCUUCUGGAUGAUAUGCAUGCUGUACAUGGGGACGUCAGGCUGUCCCACAGUGACGUCAAGCGACUCAUGACCACACUUGCCGAGGUUAAGGCCUCCGUGGCAGAUCUCAGCGAGGUCCCCAAGCGCUUGGCAGCCAUCGAGAAGCUCAUUGGGGUGUUUGCUGUCAAGAUCGGUCCCAUGGGGGCCAAUGUGGACAGUACCCAGAAAGCUGUGGACCAGGGGUUCAAGGAGAACGUCCGGCUUCUCAGCACGAUUUCCGGCAAUGUGAGAGGCCACCGUGAAGAUGCCCAACAGGAGGCCAAGGACUACCAUGCUGAGCAGGGCCAGUGGCUGUCAGCCACUGAAAACAAGCUGGUUGACGGCAUAAAGGAGGUGCUGAAGAAGAUCACCAACACGGACUUCAACUCCUCUCAGGUUUACAACCAAAAACUCGAGGGGAUCGCCUCCGAGAUCCUGGCGGCCUUGAACUUCACCCAGACCGAGGUCGGCGACCUGAAGACCACACUCAGCCAAACCAGCGAGGUGGUGCACAGCAUCAAGGAGAUGUGCGAGAGGCCAGUGGUGUCGUCGCACCCACCUUCGUACAGAGCCCCAGUAUUCCAGGGACAUCAUGAUAACUAG